GGCCAAGCGCGCAUGCGGGUCAUCUUGCACCUCGACCUCGACUGCUUCUACGCGCAGGUCGAGGCCGUCCGGCUCGGUAUCCCAGAUGGCGAGCCCGUCGCGGUCCAGCAGUGGGGCAGCUUGCUCGCUGUCAACUACGCCGCCCGGCCCUUUGGCGUCUCGCGCAGCGACUACAUUGUCGAUGCGCGCAAGAAGUGUCCACAGAUCCACUUGCCGCACGUUGAAACGAUCGGCGAAGGGUCCGUGCCGCCGCCGGGCGCCGACUUGACCAAGAACCCGCACUUUGACCGGUCGCGCCAAAAGGCCGUUCUGCGGCGCUACCGCUUGGCGAGCCGCGAGAUCUUUCACAUCCUCGCCAAGCACGCGCCCGUGUACGAGCGGGCGAGCAUCGACGAAGCUUUCCUGGACGUGACGGACCAGGCAACUGCGCGACUCGCCGCCUUUCAAGCAAACAAGCCAGAGGUCGCGUACUGCGACGACCCACGCAACGCUGACGUCCAGGUCAUCGGCGUCGACGGCAGUGUCUUCCCGCUCACAGAGGACGAGGAGCUGCUGUGUAUUGGCGCGACAAUAGCCCAAGAGAUCCGCCGCGAAGUGCUCACAACGCUGCGCUACACGUGCUCGGUCGGCGUCGCGUCCAACAAGCUCCUCGCCAAGCUCGCAUCGCCGAUGAACAAGCCCAGCGGCCAAACCGUCAUUCCGGACCGGUCGAUUGCACACUUUAUGCAGACCUUUCCUGUCGCCAAGAUCCGCGGGCUCGGCGGCAAGCUCGGGCAGCGCGUCAUCGCGCCGGACGCCGACCGGAUUGUCGCCGGCGAUCUCCUCAAUGCGUAUGGCUUGGACGGCUUGCAGCGCGAGCUUGGCCACGACACGGGCACGUUUGUCUUCAACGUGUGCUCGGGCAGCGACGGAGACGAGCCCGUCAACGACAAGAAGAUCGUGGCGCAGCACGUCUCUGCGAUGAAGAGCUUCAAUCAAGUCGGGCCAGUCCAGUCCUUGGACCGUGUCAAGUACUGGAUCACGAUCCUCUGCGAAGAGGUCGUGUUGCGGCAUGACGAGGAAGAAGUCGUCGAGAACCACCGCACACCGACGCAGUUUGCUCUAAGUUAUCAGCGCCUAAACGACAAGCCGAUGCAAAAAAAGUUUCCAGCGCCCCCCAAGAUUGACGUGGCCUCCAUGACACAGGCCAUGUUCCCCUUGCUCGAGCACACCUCGAUCGUGCCGUGUAUGCAUUUGGCGGUCGUCGCGCGCGACUUUAUCCCGCUCGUCGAGAAGAGCGCGACGAUCACUCACUUUUUCAAGACGGCGCCCGUUGCGGCGGCGGAGCCAGCGGCCGCAUAUUCGCAGGCAUAUUCGCAGAAGGAGGCACUAGCGUCCGUCGUCGCCAAGCCGACCAAGGCGCCGGCAUCGAUCAAGAGCUUCUUUUCGGCGUCGGCGUCCAAAGCGCUGUAUACACCGGCGCCCGUCGCUGCCAAGCAACCACCGCCGACGAUCGCGCGCUUUUUUGAAGCCCCAAAGAGUGCACCAUCGUCCGACGGCCGGUUCUGCGACCGGUGCCACGCGGUCGUUACGACGCCGUGGCACGAGCACGAAGACUACCACGUCGCGAUGGACCUCCAGCAGUCGUACCGUGCGCCGACGGCAAAGAAGCCGCGCAAGGGCGGUCCCAUGGACGCGUUUGUGCGCAAAUAA